AUGUCGCGGGAGCGCACAUUUGAAGAGGAAAAAGCAUAUCUUUACAGAGACGCGAAGCAAAAACAGACUCUGCACAUUAAAAAGGGUUUUGUCCCUGGCAUGAAUGUUGCAGGGGAAGUGUUUGUGAACGACGCGCUCGAGGGUUUGCUGCUGGAGGAGCUGCGAGGGUUUAGCAGCAAAAAGGGUUUUGGGGGUUUUCUUCCUGCUGUUAAACAAGUCGCCAAUGUUGCCACUUUGCCGGGCAUUCUGGGCAAAAGUGUGGGCCUUCCGGACAUCCACGCAGAUUUGGAGUCGGCGUUGGAGUUGGGGGGCGAUUGGCUGCUGCGGCGCGGCUAUGCCUGGACUGAAGACAAGGAGCACUGCGAGGAGAACGGCCGCAUGCUAACAGCAGAUCCUUCGAAGGUUUCAAUCAGGGCAAAGAAAAGAGGACUGCCGCAAAUGGGCACCCUAGGUGCAGGCAACCAUUACUGCGAAGUGCAGGUUGUUGACGAGGUUUACGACGAAUUUGCUGCGAAGAAAAUGGGGCUGGAGAAGGGGCAGGUGUGCGUGAUGGUGCACUCGGGCAGCAGGGGUUUGGGCCACCAAGUGGCCACAGACGCUCUCGUGGUGAUGGAGAAGUCCAUGGCGAGGGACAACUUAAACCCUAUAGACAAGCAGUUGGCCUGUGCGCGCAUCGCUUCCCAGGAGGGCCAGGACUACUUGGCCGCAAUGGCUGCAGCAGCAAACUUCGCGUGGGUUAAUAGAGGGGCCAUUUCCUUUUUAGUUCGAGAGGCUUUUGCAAAAGUGAUGCAGCAGUCUCCCGACGACAUGGACAUGCAUGUGGUUUACGACGUUUCCCACAACAUCGCCAAAGUCGAGGAACACAUGUGGGGCGGCAGCGUGCGCACUGUGCUGGUUCACCGCAAAGGAGCCACAAGGGCCCUCCCCCCCCACCACCCUUUAGUGCCUUCAAGUUACCAAUUAAUAGGCCAGCCAGUCCUUGUGGGGGGGCUGAAGAAGCAGCAGCAGCAGCAGCAACAGCAGCAGCAGCAGCAGCGGCAGCAGCAGCAGCAACAGCAGCAGCAGCAGCGAGAGCGGCAGCAGGAGCCGUUGGGGGGCACGCAAGGCAGCAGCGCAGACGCAGGAGGGUUUGCUAGAUAG